AUGAAAGUGCUAGCUUGGAACUGCCGUGGUCUCGGGAAUUCCACGACAGUUCGACAAUUGGCGAAUUUAGUUCGCCAACACAAACCCGAGGUUCUAGUCCUGUCUGAAACUCGUCUUCCACAAGAUAAAUUCUCUCGAACCUGUAUUAGACUUCACUUCGAACACUCUCACUAUGUUCCCCCUGUUGGUCUUUCGGGGGGACUGGGUAUCUGCUGGAUGAAGGGGGUUAAUUGUAACAUCAAGCUAGCAAACAAACAUGUAAUAAUUGGCGAAAUUAGUUCAGACCCCCCAGGGUGCCUUUGGCAGUUGUAUGGUACUUAUGGCCCCCCUCAUAGAGAUCAAAAGGAGGUUUUCUGGAAACACCUUGGAGAUUUAGCUAUCAACGCCACUAACCCAAUCCUCUUACUGGGGGACAUGAAUGGUACCCUCCGAGACUCUGACUGUUUUAAUUACACUCAAAGCAGAAACGUAGCCCUCUACUCUUUUGACUAUCGUCGUAUGAUCCAACGUGUUGGAUUGAUUGACCUGGGGUUCCAAGGGCCACGAUUCACUUGGGCCAAAGGUGGGGGGACUUCCAAUCCGGGAACAGCAAUGAAAAGAGCUAGACUCGACACUGGACUCGCCUCUCCGGACUGGCGUGUACUGUUUCCAAAUGCAAUCAUAAAUCAUCUCUCUGCCUCUGGUUCCGACCAUAGGCCACUCCUCCUUGACACUUUAGGAGGCACCAACUGCAAGAGCAAACUGUUCAAGUAUGAGAACAUGUGGGCAAGAGACCCCAGAAGCUUCUGGAUCGUGAAAGAGGCCUGGGCAAAGAGACAACAUAGUGAUCCCAUGCUAAAUUUCUUUAGGAAAGUUAAAGCCACAACAAAGAAGCUGCAGCACUGGAACAAAACUCAAUUCCAGAAUGUUCAUCGUCAAGUACAGAAGGCUCAAGCUCAUCUCCAAGACACUGAAACAAAAAACCCGGAUGAUUACAUUGCAAUAGAGCUAGCAAGCCAACAACUCAACGAGGCUCUAAAAAGAGAAGAAAUUCAUUGGCAACAAAAAUCGCGAGUGCAAUGGCUUCAAGAAGGUGAUACGUGCUCGAAAUUCUUCAUAGCCUCUACCAUAGUCCGGCGAAGACGGAAUUACAUACAAUGUAUCAAAAACAACCCGGGUGAAGAUUGGAUUAGAGACGAUAAGGAAAUAGCACAAUGCUUCAUCGACAAAUUCAGAAAUCUAUUCAAGAAACAUCAAUGCACUCACCCUUCAUUCCAACAAGAGCCAAAUAGCACAAUUGUCACAACACAGGACAAUGUCACCCUGAAUAUGAUACCAACAAGGGAGGAAAUAACAGCAGCUCUGUUUGGAAUGGGAAAAGAUAAAGCGCCAGGGCCAGACGGACUCCCGCCAAGCUUUUAUGCUCACCAUUGGGACACUGUUCAAGAUGAUCUCUUUGAGAUGGUUACCCACUUCUUCACCAACACUGAUCUUCCCAAGUAUAUCAAUGACACGGCAAUUGUUCUUGUUCCCAAGAAGGACUCUCCAGCGAUGGUUAAUGACUACCGCCCCAUAGCCUUAUGCAAUGUAGCCUACAAAGUAAUCUCAAAAGUCAUUGCCACCCGUCUGAGGAGCAUGCUACAUAAAAGCGUGUCCCCAAACCAAGCUGCCUUUAUCAAAGGAAGACACAUCGCAGAAAAUACUAUGAUAGCUCGGGAGAUUAUUCACUCAAUGAAGAGGAGAAGAGGUAAGAAAGGGUUCAUGCUCAUCAAACUCGACCUUGAAAAGGCUUACGACAAGAUGGAUUGGGAGUUUAUCAUCAAAGUCCUAUACCAAUUCGGCUUUACAAGUCCUUUUACGGAUUGGAUAAAGGCCUGCAUCUCAGUUGAGGAAAUUAAGUUGCUAUUGAAUGGCUCUAUUGUGGGAAAAUUCUCCCCUGGGAGGGGCUUGCGACAAGGCGAUCCCCUUUCUCCAUCGCUUUUUAUCAUCGCUGCGGAAACAUUAUCUAGGCUGCUUUUCGAGAAGGAGAAACUCGGUCUACUGAAAGGGUUCAAGAUGGCCCGAAAUGGAACUGCUAUAAACCACCUCAUGUUCGCUGAUGACAUAGUUCUGUUUGGGGAAGCGUCAAUUCGAGAGGCCAAGGUUUUCUUAGAAUGUCUUCAGACCUACUGCAAUUGGUCAGGACAAUCGGUUAGUGCCCAAAAAUCAGCAAUUCACUUCUCUCAGGGAGUAUCUAGAAGGAAAUCCCAAGCCAUCUCACAACUGCUGGGCAUGAAACAAAUGGGGAGGAAUGCCACCUACUUGGGAUUGCCUCUCUUUAAGUCUCGCAAGAAAUCAAAUGACACUAAGGGAAUCAUUGACAAGACCCUUAAACGAGUUCAAGGCUGGAAAGCCCGUUUACUAUCUAGUGCCGGGAAAACAUGUCUAGUGAAAUCAGUGGGUUCAACGUUAUCCAAUUACGUAGCCUCCUCUGAUGUUAUUCCCGUGUCUGCGGCCAACAAAAUAGAUAAAAUCCUAAGAGACUUCUGGUGGGGUGAUACGGAGGAGAGACGAAAAAUACACACGGUAGCUUGGGAAAGGCUUUGUAGGCCAAAAGUGGUGGGAGGCCUGGGUUUCCGUUCAAUUGAGGCAAUGAAUAAAGCCUAUCUUAUGAAAUGGGCUUGGAGAAUCCUAACUCAAGAAGACUGUCUCUGGGGACGAAUUAUAAAUGGGAAGUAUAUCAAAAGUGAGAACUUCAUGGAGCUGGAAGCAAAAUCCACAGACUCGGCUCUUUGGAAAGCAAUCCUAAAAACAAGACCUCUUCUUUGGAAGGGGAUGUGUCGAAAAAUUGGAGAUGGGAACUCUACCUCUAUCUGGUUUGACCCUUGGGUCCCUGGUGAAGUCACUCAACCAGCCCCCACUCGAAAUGCCACAGAUGGCAUUAGCCUCGUUAGCAAUUUCAUCAGAAAUAACCAAUGGAAUAGAGCCUUAAUCAGAAGCUGGUUCUGCAAUGAAGAUGCAAAAAGAAUAUUGAACAUAUCCCUUCCUAUUACUCCAAAGGAAGAUGGAUGGUUAUGGAUACCUGAACCAAAUGGCAUGUUUUCUGUCAAAUCAGCCUACCGAAUAGUUAAGAACGUGCAAGAGAGGACAGACGCGGAUGAGAAGUGGCGAAUAGUUUGGGGAGCCAAGAUCCAUAACCGUCAAAAAUUGCUCUGGUGGAAAAUUCUGUGUCACAGCCUUCUCACAAAGGAAAAACUUGCUCAGAUAUUCCCGAGUAUCGACAUUAUGUGCCCUCUGUGCUCUGCAGCACCGGAAGACUCUUUACACCUAUUCUGGGACUGUGACUUUGCCAGAGGCAUCUGGUUUGGAUGUAAUUGGCAAAUGAGAACAUCUACAGUCAUGAUCCGGUCGUGGGAUGAGUGGCUAAAAUGGUUCUCGAUAACCCAUCAUAGGCAUGGCUCACAACAAUUAGACUCCUUCCUAGGUGGGGCAGCCAUCAUAUUUGAAAGCAUAUGGAGAGUGAGGAACAAACUCUGCCAUGAAGGGAACCCAACUCCAAUUUGCUUGGUGAUACAGGGGAUUAACCAAAGACUCAAGGAAAUUGAAUUGCAAAAUUCCAACUUAUCUGCAACCUUUCACGACUCACAAGGGUUUGCUCCUCCCCCAGGUUGGCUAAUUUGUAAUUCUGACAUCUCAAUUGGAAAAUCUCAAUCUGCAGGAGCAUCUAUAUUCUUUGAUGAAGACAAUAGGAUUGUAAAAAUCGUUACUUUUCUAUCAAACUAUUGUGUUCCUCUCCCUGGUGAACUACAUGCUAUUAGCAAAGGAGCGGAAUCAGCAGUUUCAUUGGGCUACAAGAAUGUAAUAUUUCUCAGUGAUUCGGCGGCAGCGAUCGACGCAAUUCGGAUUGCACGUUCAGAUUGCAACAACUUACACUACAAUUUGAGAGAGCUGAUUCCAAGCUUUCUCACUGCAACUGAUUCGUUAUGCAACUGGGAGACUCAUUGGAUUUCCCGGAGGCAUAAUGGUGUGGCCCAUGCUUUGGCCAAAUGGGCAAAUCAAACUAAUACCUUUGGUACUUUUGAUCUGUCCGAUUUUGAUGGUUCCCUGCAAUCUUGGAUUGCAGAUGGCUGUGUAGUAGACAUGCGGAUGUAG